AUGGCUGAGUUUCUUAAACCUAAAAACACAAAUCCUCGUGGUAUUCCAGAGGCUCCAUUUAUAGAUAAAGUUGAAAAUGUUAUCAAGAAUCCAGAUGAAGAGUUUGAAAAAGUGAUGAGUAUGUUUCAAGAACGUUUGCAACAAUACAAGUAUAUGGAAUUAUCUAAAAGACAACAAUUGGGAGACUUAAAAAUCAAAAUACCAGAUAUCGAAAAAAAUUUGGAUAUUAUAAACUAUAUUAACGAGAAGAAAAACGAUGAAGAUGAAGAAGAUAAAAUCAUUGAAACAAACUAUGAACUAAAUGAUACUUUAUACACCAGGGCUAGUAUUGACGCCGAAAACUUAGAUUCAGUUUUCUUAUGGUUAGGUGCAGAUGUAAUGUUGGAAUACCCUCUUGAUGAAGCAGUUGAAUUGUUAAAUACUAGAUUAAAUAGUAAUCAAACUCAACUUAAGUUAGUCAAAGAAGAUUUAGAAUUUCUUAAGGAAAACAUCACUACUAUGGAAGUAAAUACCGCAAGACUAUACAAUUGGGAUGUUGAAAGAAGAAGAAAUUUAAAAUCUGCUGAAGAAGGUACAAAAAACUUAAAAAUUUAG